GCCCCCGCCUCGCACGCGCCGCGGCCCUGCGCCCGCACUGUGCGCCGGUGCGGCAGGCCGUGGGAGCAUCCGGGCAUUUCCGCAGCCGAGCGGCGGUCGGGCGGCGGCGGCGGCGGCGGCGGCCGGAGCCUCCCAUGGCCGGGCGGCGUCCGUCAGGCGACAGGCGAGCGGGGCUCUGAGUCCCGAGGACGCGCAGGCAGCGGCUGCGGCGGGGCGCGGGGCUCGUCCUCCUCUGUCUCAGUGCUCGGUCCAGCCGGGAUCCGGAGAUGCAUCUGCAUCAGGUCCUCACCGGGGCUGUCAACCCUGGAGACAACUGCUAUUCCGUGGGCAGCGUCGGGGACGUCCCCUUCACGGCAUAUGGAUCAGGCUGUGAUAUUGUUAUUCUGGCGAGCGACUUUGAAUGUGUGCAGAUCAUCCCUGGUGCUAAACAUGGCAACAUCCAAGUCAGUUGUGUGGAGUGCUCUAACCAACAUGGAAGAGUUGCAGCUUCAUAUGGCAAUGCUGUUUGUAUUUUUGAGCCUUUGGGCAUAAAUUCUCAUAAGAGGAACAGCCAACUCAAGUGUCAGUGGCUUAAAACUGGACAGUUUUUUUUGAGUUCUGUGACAUACAACUUAGCAUGGGACCCUCAAGAUAACAGACUGUUGACAGCUACUGAUUCUAUUCAGUUGUGGGCUCCUCCAGGAAGUGAUAUUCUAGAAGAGGAGGAAGAAAUUGAUAACAAAAUCCCUCCUGUUUUAAAUGAUUGGAAGUGCGUCUGGCAGUGCAAAACCUCAGUGUCUAUACAUCUGAUGGAAUGGUCUCCUGAUGGUGAAUACUUUGCUACUGCCGGAAAGGAUGACUGUCUUCUGAAGGUGUGGUACCCUAUGACUGGUUGGAAGUCUUCAAUCAUACCUCAGGAUCACCAUGAAGUGAAAAGGAGACAGGCAUCUACUCAGUUCUCCUUUGUUUACUUGGCACAUCCUCGAGCAGUGACAGGUUUCUCAUGGCGUAAAACUAGCAAGUAUAUGCCCAGGGGCUCUGUCUGUAAUGUCUUGCUGACCUCGUGCCAUGAUGGUGUGUGUCGGCUCUGGGCAGAGACACUGCUGCCGGAAGACUGUCUUCUGGGUGAGCAGAUUUGUGAGAGGACAACCUCCAGCACCGCCAGCAGCCUUUCUCACGCUGGAAAACACAGAGACAGGGUCCAACAUGCUCUCGAGACAAUACACCAUUUGAAGAAUUUAAGGAAAGGACAACGGAGGUCUUCUGUUCUUGUAACUCACACUGAACUGAUGCCCGACAAGACUGCAACCCAUGAAGUCCAGAGGCACAUUUCUCACCAUGCCAAUGCACUGUGUCAUUUUCACAUCGCAGCAAGCAUCAAUCCUGCCACAGAUAUUCCAAAUGUCCUGGUUGGCACUUCAUUUAAUAUUGACGAUGUCAAUGGGGGAUUUGUAGUUCAUUGGUUAAAUAACAAGGAAUUUCAUUUUACAUCAUCUACGGAAAUAUUUAUGCACCAAUUACGAAAACUUUCUGAAAAACAAUUAGAUCAUGAAAGCGAUGAUGCAGACAGAGAAGAUGAAGAACGCUCACAGGAGGAAAGAGAGAGGGGGUUACAUAUGAAAUUAGACCAUGAAUUAUCUCUGGAUAGAGAAUCGGAGGCAGGCACAGGAUCAUCAGAACAUGAAGAUGGAGAAAGAGAGGGAAGUCCUAGAUGCCAUCCCGGACCUAGCAUCCCAGUGCCACUGCCUACAGUGCUGCUGGAUCGCAAGAUUGAAACGCUGCUGACAGAGUGGAAUAAGAACCCUGACAUGCUCUUCACGAUACACCCUGUAGAUGGGACCUUUCUAGUGUGGCAUGUCAAGUAUUUGGAUGAAUAUAACCCUGGAAUAUUUAGACAAGUCCAGGUUUCUUUUUCUUCUCGGAUUCCUGUUGCAUUUCCCUCUGGGGACGCAAACUCUCUUAGUAAAAACAUUAUGAUGUAUGCCUGUGUCAGUGGUACAAAAGAUUCAUACCAUACCCCAUUACACCAAGAGCCGAUGUCUGUAGAUACUUCCCAUGGGUCACAGCUACACUCCAGAUCACACUGUACAGACAUGAACAUUUUAGCACCCACAGUAAUGAUGGUCUCUAAACACAUAGAUGGGUCUUUGAAUCAGUGGGCAGUCACUUUUGCUGACAAGUCAGCCUUUACUACUGUUCUGACUGUAACCCACAAAUUCAGAUACUGCGGUCACAGAUUCCACCUCAAUGAUUUGGCGUGCCAUUCGGUUUUACCACUAUUGCUGACAUCCUCCCAUCACAAUGCUCUGUUGACUCCUGAAUCAGACUGUCAGCGGGGCUCAGAUAGUAAAUUAAAUAGAUUGACAGAUCCUGGAAAACACACAAAAGAGCCAUCGAAACAGCCUCUUAGAAAUGCAGCAACUCGUACAUUUCAUGACCCAAAUGCGAUCUACAGUGAACUUAUUCUUUGGCGUGUAGACCCCAUAGGACCUUUGUCAUACACUGGAGGAGUGUCAGAAUUGGCUCGAAUUAACUCUUUACAUACCUCAGCCUUCUCUAAUGUGGCAUGGCUUCCAACUCUUAUUCCUAGUUAUUGUCUUGGCACCUACUGCAACUCUGCUAGUGCUUGCUUUGUUGCCUCUGAUGGCAGACAUCUGAGACUCUACCAAGCUGUUGUAGAUGCCAGAAAAUUACUAGACGAACUGUCGGACCCAGAGGCCUCAAAACUGAUUGGAGAAGUGUUUAACAUUGUGAGUCAACAGUCUACUGCUCGACCCGGCUGCAUUAUUGAACUUGAUGUGAUAACUGACCAAUGUGGCUCAAAUACACAGCUACUGCAUGUGUUUCAAGAAGAUUUCAUCAUUGGAUAUAAACCACAUAAAGAAGAUACAGAGAAAAAGGAAAAGGAAACAGAAAUAUUUUUUCAGCCAUCACAAGGAUAUCGCCCACCACCAUUUUCAGAAAAAUUCUUUUUAGUAGUCAUUGAGAAGGACAGCAAUAAUAACUCUAUUCUCCAUAUGUGGCACCUUCAUCUUAAAUCUGUACAAGCUUGUUUAGCCAAAGCAGCAGAAGGGAUCUCAUCUGACAGCCUGCUCUCAGUGCCUGGACAGAAGAAGGUGGACUCUUCUCCAGAAACCUCCCCUGGUGUGAGCUCCAUGCCACACUCUUCAUCAAUUGCCAAUCUCCAGACUGCUAGUAAACUCAUUCUGAGUUCCAGACUGGUAUACAGUCAGCCUCUGGAUCUGCCGGAAGCUGUCGAAGUGAUAAGAGCAACACCUUCGGCAGGUCAUCUGAGUUCCUCUUCAAUUUAUCCAGUGUGCCUUGCACCAUACUUAGUGGUUACAACUUGUUCGGACAAUAAAGUACGCUUCUGGAAAUGUUGUCUGGAAACUAACUCACUGUGCAAUACAAGGGAUGAGAAGGAAACCUAUCACUGGAGGAGAUGGCCCUUGAUGAAUGACGAAGGAGGAGAUAAUAGCAGUACUGUGAGCAUUGUGGGAAGACCUGUUGCUGUUAGCUGCUCGUACACAGGCCGCCUGGCAGUGGCUUACAAGCAGCCUGUCCACCACAAUGGUUUUAUUUCUAAAGAGUUUUCUAUGCAUGUCUGUAUAUUUGAAUGCGAAUCUACAGGAGGGUCAGAAUGGGUUUUAGAACAGACGAUCCAUCUUGAUGAUUUGGUUAAGGUUGGGAGUGUACUUGAUUCACGGGUCAGUGUUGACAGUAAUCUGUUUGUGUAUAGCAAAUCGGAUGCAUUUUUAAGUAAGGAUAGAUACCUUAUUCCAAAUAUCAAGCAUUUAGUACAUUUGGACUGGGUGUCAAAAGAAGAUGGUUCUCACAUUCUCACAGUGGGGGUUGGUGCUAAUAUCUUCAUGUAUGGGAGACUUUCAGGAAUUGUUACUGACCAGACUAACAGUAAGGAUGGAGUAGCUGUCAUUACUUUACCACUAGGUGGUAGUAUCAAACAAGGAGUUAGGUCAAGAUGGGUUCUUCUCAGAUCUAUAGACUUGGUAUCCUCUGUGGAUGGCACACCUUCACUGCCUGUUUCUCUCUCUUGGGUAAGAGAUGGAAUAUUGGUGGUGGGAAUGGACUGUGAAAUGCAUGUAUAUGCACAGUGGAAGCAUUCUGUCAAAUUUGGAGACAUUGAAGCUGACAGUCCUUUUGAAGAGACAGCAGUACAAGAUCAUUCUGCCUUUAAACCUGCUAUGUUGGCACGAAAAAGUAUUGUUGAAGGAGCAGCUAUCACUGAUGAUGUUUUUUGUUCGCCAACUGUAGUUCAAGAUGGUGGCUUGUUUGAGGCUGCACAUGCACUUUCCCCAACUCUCCCACAGUAUCAUCCAACUCAGCUGUUAGAAUUGAUGGACUUAGGGAAAGUCAGAAGAGCUAAAGCCAUUCUCUCCCAUUUAGUCAAGUGUAUUGCUGGUGAAGUUGCAAUAGUUAGGGAUCCUGAUGCUGGAGAAGGAACUAAGAGGCAUCUGUCUCGGACCAUUAGUGUGAGUGGCAGUACAGCAAAGGAUACGGUUACCAUUGGGAAGGAUGGUACUCGAGAUUAUACUGAGAUAGAUUCGAUUCCUCCGCUACCACUGCAUGCAUUGCUGGCUGCAGAUCAGGACACAUCCUACAGGAUUUCAGAAGAAAGUGCAAAAAAGCCACAGAGCUAUGAGGCCCAUAUCGAAAGCCAACCAGAGGAUCAGUACUCAGAGCUGUUCCAGGUCCAGGAGAUAACAACAGAUGACAUCGAUUUAGAGCCAGAAAAAAGAGAGAACAAAUCAAAAGUAAUAAACCUGUCACAAUAUGGACCAGCUUAUUUUGGCCAGGAACAUGCUAGAGUACUUUCAAGUCAUCUAAUGCACUCAAGUCUACCAGGCCUUACCCGCUUGGAGCAGAUGUUCCUUGUAGCAUUGGCUGAUACUGUGGCAACCACCAGUACUGAGCUUGAUGAAAACAGGGAUAAGUACUCAGGUGGAAAAUUGCAUCUCAGUCAAAGGAUUCUAAGAGAUUCUUCUGUUUGUUCUGGAAGAGAUACCUUAGAUGAGUGUGGCUUGAGAUACUUGUUAGCAAUGCGCUUGCACACAUGUCUGUUAACAUCACUGCCUCCUUUAUACCGAGUCCAGCUCCUUCACCAAGGUGUGUCUACCUGCCAUUUUGCCUGGGCUUUUCAUUCUGAAGCAGAGGAAGAACUGAUCAAUAUGAUUCCAGCAAUUCAAAGAGGGGACCCUCAGUGGUCUGAAUUAAGAGCCAUGGGAAUAGGCUGGUGGGUGAGGAAUGUUAACACACUUCGAAGAUGUAUUGAAAAGGUUGCCAAAGCUUCUUUUCAAAGGAACAAUGAUGCCUUAGAUGCUGCUUUAUUCUACCUGUCAAUGAAGAAGAAAGCAGUAGUGUGGGGUCUGUUCAGGUCACAACAUGAUGAAAAAAUGACAACAUUUUUCAGCCACAACUUUAAUGAAGAUAGAUGGCGGAAAGCUGCUUUGAAAAAUGCUUUUUCUUUACUUGGAAAACAGCGCUUUGAACAAUCAGCUGCCUUUUUCUUGUUGGCUGGUUCAUUGAAAGAUGCCAUAGAGGUGUGUCUUGAAAAAAUGGAAGAUAUUCAGCUAGCCAUGGUUAUUGCCCGUUUAUUUGAAUCUGAAUUUGAGACUUCAUCCACUUAUAUAUCCAUCUUGAAUCAGAAGAUUUUGGGUUGUCAAAAGGAUGGCUCAGGAUUCAAUUGCAAAAGACUACAUGCUGACCCUUUUCUGCGUAGUCUUGCCUAUUGGGUAAUGAAAGAUUACACCCGAGCCUUGGAUACAUUAUUGGAACAGACGCCAAAGGAAGAUGAUGAGCAACAAGUUAUCAUCAAAUCUUGUAACCCUAUGGUGUUCAGUUUUUACAAUUACCUUCGAACACAUCCUUUACUUAUUCGAAGAAAUCUUGCUUCUCCUGAAGGAACUUUGGCAACUUUAGGUCUCAAAACUGAGAAAAACAUUGCUGAUAAAAUUAACCUCAUAGAAAGAAAAUUAUUUUUUACCACAGCUAAUGCUCAUUUUAAAGUUGGAUGCCCUGUUUUAGCCCUUGAAGUACUUUCUAAAAUUCCUAAGGUAACUAAAAUAUCUUCCUUAACUGCAAAGAAAGAUGAGCUUGACUUGCCUUCUGAGAGGAUGGAGAAUGGGCCAUCAGAAUCCAAAGCACCGAGUGACAGCGGCAAUGGGCGUUCUGGCGCUGCCUGGUCAGCAGUGACUUCCUCCCAGUUUGACUGGAGCCAGCCAAUCGUCACUGUCGAGGAGGAGCCUCUGAAGCUCGACUGGGGUGAAGACCAUGAUAGUGCCUUAGAAGAGGAGGACACAGGCGGCUUAGUGAUGAAGAGCACAGAUGCCAAGAGGGAUGGGCAGGACCACAAGGCAUUACUGACCCCUCAGGAAGAAGAUUGUGCUGGAGGGGAUACUGAGGUUGAUGUGAUUGCUGAACAACUGAAGUUCCGAGCUUGUUUGAAGAUCCUUAUGACUGAAUUAAGAACUUUGGCUACUGGUUAUGAAGUAGAUGGAGGAAAGCUCAGAUUUCAGCUCUACAAUUGGCUUGAAAAGGAAAUUGCUGCCUUGCAUGAGAUAUGCAAUCAUGAGUCAGUUAUUAAAGACUAUUCCAGCAAAACAUACUCUAAAGUAGAGAGUGAACUUCUGGACCAGGAAGAAAUGGUGGCCAAGCCAGACAUUGGUUCCUAUGAGCGCCACCAAAUAGACAGACGAAGAUUGCAGGCCAAACGGGAGCAUGCGGAGAGACGGAAGCUGUGGCUGCAGAAAAACCAGGACCUCCUAAGAGUAUUUCUCAGUUACUGUAGCCUUCAUGGGGCCCAGGGUGGUGGUCUGGCCUCAGUAAGAAUGGAACUCAAAUUUUUGCUGCAAGAGUCACAGCAGGAAACAACUGUAAAGCAGCUCCAGUCCCCCCUGCCGCUGCCCACUACCUUGCCUCUGCUUUCAGCAAGCAUUGCGUCGACAAAGACAGUCAUAGCUAACCCCGUGCUGUACUUAAAUAACCACAUCCAUGACAUACUUUACACUAUUGUGCAGAUGAAAACACCGCCGCAUCCCAAUGUCGAAGACGUGAAGGUGCACACACUUCAUUCACUAGCAGCAUCACUUUCUGCAUCAAUUUACCAAGCAUUAUGUGACAGUCAUAGCUACAGCAGUCAGGCAGAAGGAAACCAGCUCACCGGAAUGGCUUAUCAAGGGCUUCUUUUAAGUGAUCGACGGCGACUCAGGACAGAGAGCAUUGAAGAGCAUGUGACGCCAAACUCGGCUCCUGCUCAGUGGCCCGGUGUGAGCUCACUUAUUAAUCUCUUGAGUUCUGCCCAAGAUGAAGACCAGCCAAAACUGAAUGUUCUGUUGUGUGAAGCUGUUGUUGCUGUUUACUUAAGUUUACUGAUACAUGCACUUGCCACAAAUUCCUCCAAUGAGUUGUUUCGGCUUGCAGCCCACCCAUUAAAUAAUCGAAUGUGGGCUGCUGUUUUUGGAGGGGGUGUGAAACUUGUUGUGAAGCCUCGGAGACAAUCAGAAAGUCUUGCAGCACCUCCUGUUCCUUCUGAAGACAUAGAUAAACACCGAAGGAGAUUUAACAUGAGAAUGCUGGUCCCUGGAAGGCCUGUAAAAGAUGCUACCCCACCACCAGUGCCUGCAGAAAGACCCUCUUACAAAGAAAAAUUUAUUCCUCCUGAACUUAGUAUGUGGGAUUACUUUGUUGCGAAGCCAUUUCUUCCUUUAUCUGAUAGUGGGGUCAUAUAUGAUUCUGAUGAAAGUGUUCACAGUGAUGAUGAAGAAGAUGAUGCCUUUUUUUCAGACACACAAAUACAGGAGCACCAAGAUCCUAAUUCUUAUAGCUGGGCUCUUCUGCAUUUGACAAUGGUUAAGCUGGCACUUUACAAUAUCAAGAAUUUCUUUCCUAUUGUUGGACUAGAAUUCUCUGAGCUCCCUGUGACAUCACCAUUAGGAAUUGCUGUCAUUAAAAACUUGGAGCAUUGGGAACAGAUUCUGCAGGAGAAAAUGGAUCACUUUGAAGGUCCACCCCCUAACUAUGUCAACACAUACCCAACUGACCUCUCAGUGGGAGCUGGGCCAGCUAUUCUUCGAAACAAAGCAAUGUUGGAGCCUGAAAAUACUCCAUUCAAAUCUCGGGAUGCAUCUGCACUUCCUGUCAAACGGCUCUGGCAUUUCCUUGUCAAACAGGAAGUUCUUCAGGAGACAUUUAUUAGAUACAUUUUUACUAAGAAGAGAAAGCAAAGUGAGUCUGUAGAAGAACAUGUGGAGCAGGUCAAACACAACUCCGUAGCAGAAGAUUGCCAUGCCAAGGUCGAGGCUGAUCUGGGCUAUCCAGGUGGGAAGGCAAAGGUCAUUCAUAAGGAGUCUGACAUGAUCAUGGCAUUCUCUAUUAAUAAGGCAAACUGUAAUGAAAUUGUUUUGGCUUCAACGCAUGAUGUUCAAGAGCUAGAUGUCACUUCUCUGCUGGCCUGUCAGUCAUAUAUAUGGAUUGGAGAAGAAUAUGAUAGAGAAUCUAAAAGUUCAGAUGAUAUUGAUUAUCGAGGUUCCACCACAACCCUGUAUCAGCCUGGUGCAGCCUCCCAUUCAACGAGCCAGGUGCAUCCGCCUCCAUCUCUGCCAUGGCUAGGCAGUGGGCAGACCAGCACAGGAGCUACUGUGCUCAUGAAAAGGAACCUCCACAAUGUGAAGAGAAUGACUUCACACCCUGUCCAUCAGUACUAUCUCACAGGUGCCCAGGAUGGCAGUGUCCGGAUGUUUGAAUGGACACGACCUCAGCAGCUUGUGUGUUUCCGUCAAGCUGGCAAUGCAAGAGUUACUAGAUUGUAUUUUAACUCACAAGGCAACAAGUGUGGUGUUGCAGAUGGAGAGGGUUUUCUGAGUAUCUGGCAAGUCAACCAAACUGCAUCGAAUCCUAAACCUUACAUGAGUUGGCAGUGCCACAGUAAGGCCACAAGUGACUUUGCAUUUAUCACCUCUUCAAGUCUAGUUGCAACAUCUGGACAGUCCAAUGACAAUAGAAAUGUAUGCCUCUGGGACACAUUAAUAUCACCUGGAAACAGCCUCAUUCACGGUUUCACAUGUCAUGACCAUGGUGCCACAGUACUUCAGUAUGCCCCCAAACAACAACUUCUGAUCUCUGGAGGCAGGAAAGGUUACAUCUGCAUUUUUGACAUUAGACAGAGACAACUAAUGCACACCUUCCAAGCACAUGACUCGGCUAUUAAAGCUUUAGCUCUGGACCCCUGUGAGGAGUACUUUACUACAGGUUCUGCCGAAGGCAAUAUAAAAGUGUGGAGACUGACAGGGCAUGGCCUAAUUCAUUCAUUUAAGAAUGAACAUGCUAAGCAGUCCAUAUUCCGGAACAUUGGAGCUGGAGUCAUGCAGAUUGACAUCAGCCAGGACAAUCGAUUGUUUUCCUGUGGUGCAGAUGGCACACUGAAAACCAGGGUUCUGCCCAGUGCUUUUAACAUCCCUAAUAGAAUUCUUGACAUUCUGUAGUUUGAAAGAUUGGGGUUUACUUUUAUAUACCUCUCAGUUAAAAGAUGUAAUGCAAGAAUUAGGCAGUUCUGCUUUCCAAGACACUGUUAACACCUUGAAAAUAAUCAGAGAAUCUCUGUGGAAUUUGAAUCUGAUACAAGCUGGGCUUUACUCUACCUGAGCGCUGCCUCCCAGGUUGAUAGAGUGCAUGUACCUUGUCAUAACACUGACACAUUUAAAAUAAAAAAAAAAUCAACCUUGUAUUGUAUGAAGGGAAGCUAUUCUUUACAUCAUGUAACAAACCUGAUUCAGAAACACUUGAGGUUAGCUAACAGUAAGUUAGAAUAAUGAACAGGGCCUUUAUACCAAAUUGAGGAAGAAAACAUUGCUGAUGCAGGCUUUUCUUCCUGUUCUCAUCGUGGAUGACGCAUGCCGCCUCCUUUGUUGAAUGAAGGGUAGUCAUGAGGUGUUGGACGCUCCAGGCCACCAGAAGCACUUGUUGACUGUGGAGCAGUGCUCAGUCAUUCUCACUCUUUCCAGCUGGAUAUCUUUCCUGUUAGUGUCUAUACCAAGCUAGUGCUGUAACUUGCAAAUGAGUGCAAAUUUAAAUGCAAUGUUUUCCUCACGAUUUGCACAUUGACAUUUUUUGGACUGCUAGUUUUUCUAUUAAAAUAUUUGCCUUUAUGUCAGGAAUGUAAUAUGUUAGACAUGUGUAUUUGUAGUUAAGCAAAACAUACCUUCUUAGUCCAGUUUAGUACUUUUUUUUUCAUGUAUUUAAUUAAGGUUAAUAAGGCAUAUUUAAGGCUAUGUUGAAACUACACCAGUAGACCAUUUCAUAUCAAUUAAAUGAAUGUUAGGCUUUUUGUGGCCAGUUGAUGAGAUUGGUGAUAUUAUUUAUUGCCACAGCCUAUUGUAUAAACUAUGCAGAGUUAAAUAUUAUUUGCUUGUAAAAUAUUAGCCAAUGUCAUAUUUUGAUGUAUUUCCUUCAUUAUGACCAAAAGUAUGUUGCAAUAUUGAAACCAGUGUCUGUAUGUGUUUAAGUGUUUACCAGCAAAUUGUCUCAUCGUGUAAUGAGAAUGUUUAAUGCCUAUGUGGUAAAUAGUAAAACAUAAUGGUAUAAAGCACCUUUCUCUGAUGGCGAUGUGGUACUCAUGCUGUGAAAUACAUGUGUAAAAGAAAUGUUGUCUGUUAAGAGUUUUAUUUUAAUUGGAUUAUUUAAGUAGACUGGUCUGGCAUUCUUUGACACUGUUUUUAAGAGUUAAUUUUAAUAAAAUUAUUAACUAUUAGAGAAAUUA